AUGGAUCAUUUUAAUUUCGGAGGAUCUGAAUUAAGUCGCGGGCAUAUGUUUCAAAUGUUGCUACGCAUAUCGAUUGCAUCGGUAAUAACAUAUUACUCUGUCAAAUGGAUGAUGAACACGCUGGACCCAACAAGCAAAAACAAAAAGAAGGCCCGAUUGCUUGCCGAGGAGCAGCUCAAAAGGCUCAGCAGGGAAGAUGACUUCAGGGUGAAUUUGCAAACGUUUAAUGACUACGAACUAAUGAUUGCAUCACACCUUGUGGUUCCAGCCGACAUACCUGUCAAGUGGAGUGAUAUAGCUGGUCUGGAUUCCGUUAUACAAGACCUUCGAGAGUCUGUUGUGUUGCCUAUUAGUCAUCGCGACAUGUUUAAGGCAUCCAAGUUGUGGCAAGCUCCAAGAGGUGUGCUACUUCAUGGCCCUCCCGGCUGUGGCAAGACAUUAAUUGCCAAGGCAACAGCUAAGGAAGCCGGAAUGAGGUUUAUCAAUUUGGACGUAGCUAUUCUCACAGACAAAUGGUACGGAGAAUCCCAAAAGCUUGCCUCUGCUGUCUUCUCUCUGGCUGCCAAAAUUCAGCCCUGUAUUAUUUUUAUUGAUGAAAUUGAUUCGUUUUUGCGCUCGCGUAAUUCGAACGACCAUGAGGCAACUGCUAUGAUGAAAACCCAGUUUAUGAUGUUAUGGGAUGGACUUAGUACAGAUCCUAACUCAGCUGUUAUUGUAAUGGGCGCUACUAAUCGCCCUCAAGAUCUCGAUAAGGCUAUCGUUCGCAGAAUGCCUGCACAGUUCCACAUAAGCUUGCCAACGGAGGCCCAGAGGAAUUCGAUUCUAAAACUGAUCUUGGAAACAGAAGAAAUUGAUAGCAGUGUUGACUAUAAUCGCUUAGCUAAGCUCACUAAUGGAUUUUCGGGAUCAGAUCUUCGUGAAAUGUGUAGAAACGCUUCGGUUUACAGAAUGAGACAAUUUAUGCGCACAAAUGAUAAAAAGCUACAACAACCUGCGGGUUCAAAUAAUACGGAAAUUGACAAAGCUCUAAUUUCUAUAACAAUGGAUGAUUUGCUCAACUCCCAUUUAAAAAUGAAGGAGUCUAAAAUGCACACUGGCAGUCUGUUUCUGGAAAACAGAAUUGAUUUAGAUUAAGUACUUAAGAUCUAAAAAUAUUUUUGCUUUAAAUAUAUUUUUAAUGUCUAAAAGGGUAACUAAUUACAUGAAACUUGAUAAAUUUCCUUGACUAGUAAUCGUAAUUGUUCUACAAACGCAUAUCUUAAAAUAUUGCACAUACAAGCACACAAAUCGAUUAAAGUCUUAAAUGUUAUACGCUAUC